GAAAAGCCAAGCAGUAGCUAUCUUUAACUGGAAAAUUACUUUGUGUAUUCUUUACUUUGAAAAGCAAACAUUACGAAGAUGUUCAGAGAUGCGUUUAAAUGUUUUACAGUAGAUUUCGACGCACCAAAUGGGAGAGACGUCUUCACAUGUGGCGAUGUUAUUUCGGGGCGAAUUAUUUUCGACCUAUCAAAAGAAGUAAGAGUUACUAAGAUCAGUAUGACCGCAAACGGAAAGGCGAGGGUUGCGUGGACCGCUGACCGUCGAAAGAAUAGAACACAUUAUUCUGCAAAAGAGGACUAUUUUAACACGACAUGCGACAUCAUGGAACAAAAAGUGGCUAUUGGUGCUGGCAAGAUUCUCCUUCGCGGAGGAACGCAUGUCUAUCCAUUUAGAUUCCAGCUACCACACGGAAAUUUCCCGUCAGCAUUUCAAGGAGUUAAAGGCAGAGUGAUGUACACUUUGGUCGUUGAGAUACAUAGACCAUGGCAUUUCGCCAAGGAGUUCCGGACGGAAUUGAAUUUUGUCAGCCACAUAGACGCCAACCACCCACAACUGCUGGCACCGCUGUCUGCGUCCAAAAGCAAGGAGCUGUAUUGUUUCUGCUGUGCCUCAGGGCCCCUCUCCAUGGACGUUCGUCUGGAGAGGAAGGGUUACGUUCCAGGAGAAAUGAUACAG